GCCGCCGCCGCCGCCGCCGCCGCCGCCGCCGCCGCGCCCGGGUCCAGCAACAAUAUAUUGCAUCCUUCUCAUGCUUGGAAUCUCUCUGACUACUUCUGCCCUCAGCUGGGAGAAAGCUCUGCUUUUAAGGGCUCAUGUAAUUACAUUGGACCCACUCAGAUAGUUUCCCAAUUUUAAGAUCCUGCUUCUCAGAAGAUGCACUAUUAUAGAUACUCUAAUGCCGAGGUCAGCUGCUGGUACAAGUACCUCCUUUUCAGCUACAACAUCAUCUUCUGGUUGGCUGGAGUUGUCUUCCUCGGAGUCGGACUAUGGGCGUGGAGCGAAAAGGGGGUGCUGUCCGACCUCACCAAAGUGACCCGGAUGCAUGGAAUUGACCCUGUGGUGCUGGUGCUGAUGGUGGGAGUGGUGAUGUUCACACUGGGCUUUGCUGGUUGCGUGGGCGCCCUGCGGGAGAACAUCUGCCUGCUCAACUUUUUCUGCAGUGCCAUCGUGCUCAUCUUCUUCCUGGAGCUGGCCGUGGCCGUGCUGGCCUUCCUGUUCCAGGACUGGGUGAGGGACCGGUUCCGGGAGUUCUUCGAGAGCAACAUCAGAUCCUACCGGGACGACAUUGACCUGCAGAACCUCAUUGACUCCCUCCAGAAAGCUAACCAGUGCUGCGGGGCAUACGGCCCUGAAGACUGGGACCUCAACGUCUACUUCAACUGCAGUGGCGCCAGCUACAGCCGUGAGAAGUGUGGGGUGCCCUUCUCCUGCUGCGUGCCGGACCCCGCGCAAAAAGUUGUGAACACACAGUGUGGCUAUGAUGUCAGGACUCAGCUGAAGAGCAAAUGGGACGAGUCCAUCUUCACAAAAGGCUGCAUCCAGGCGCUGGAGGGCUGGCUCCCGAGGAACAUCUACAUCGUGGCCGGUGUCUUCAUCGCCAUCUCACUGCUGCAGAUAUUUGGCAUCUUCCUGGCGAGGACCCUGAUCUCGGACAUUGAGGCGGUGAAGGCAGGCCACCACUUCUGAGGAGCCGGGGUGGGCGAGCAGAGCUGAGCCACGCUGUGGAGGCCGAGGCCCUUCACCGCGGUCGACGUCACGUCCGGGAGGACGGACACGGACGCAGAGCCGGCACCCUGCCUCCAGCAUCCGCACGGACGUCACCUCUCUGUUUCUGCCUGCUGGUGCUAAAGCCCGAGGGGCCCCCGCUCACCCGCACGGACGUGUGACCAGCACCCCCACUGGGGUCUGCCCUGAUUCAGAGGCUAUGUCUUUAAGUGAGGGAGGUGACUCUGAGGGACAGACGGCUCUGGUGGCUGCACCCUGGCCUCCUCGCCACUCCUGUCAUGGGUGCUGGCCUAGGGGGCGGCCAUGUCUGUGGACCUCUGAGCGCCAGCGGGGCGGGCGGUGCCUGCACAAGUCGGGGUGUCGGCAAGAUCCUCAGCCACGUCCAAGUGAAGUAAGCCUGAGCCAGUGCGUGGGCUGGUGCCACGGGAGCGCCUCGUCCACUGCCCCCCCAGCCCCCCAGGGCGGCAACAGCCUCCAGCCUCAACAGCAUUACGCCCUGGUGGCACGAGGGGGCGGUGGGCACGGCCCUCCUCCGAGAGUCAGCUCUCCUUUUCCUAAAGUGUGUAAAUAGUUUAUUUAUAGGGGUCAGAAUGUUCGCACACCACGUCUGCAUUUCCUCUGGCAUUCUCCUCUCAACAGCCUUACGCGGUGUCUGGGACUGACGCCAUUCCUUUCUGUUCCCUUGAGUGUCUCAUGAACCAACUCCAUCAGCUCCUCCUUGUCACCCCUAGUAACCCAGCUGCACAGACGUGCUCGCCCUUCAUCUGCACACCCCCAACACGCGGGGCCCCCUCCCCCUCCCCACUUGGCCUCGCUGUCUUCUGGUCUUGGUGCUACUGAAACUGUUCCCCGGAACUUGAAUCCUGCCCCUCCCCCACUGCCAGGCCAGGGAGCCCCAGCCAGAGAUGGCCAGCCAGCCAGACACCUUUGGCCAGGGGUCCUCUCCAGGCCACAUGCUAAGGACCGGCUGGCCGGCCUGGCAUUCGCCUCCCCCCGGAGAGAGAAGCCCUGUAGCCAGGCCCCUGGGCCGAGCCACGGACCCCAGCCUGCGGCUGCGUAGAGGCUCGGAUGUUUUGUUGCUGACUUUCUUAGUGACCCUCCACCCCCCCACGGGGACAUCUGUGGUCACUGUGUCCACCUUUCCUGUCAGGGCUAUUGGGGCCUUCUUGCUCUUGGAAAUGAAGUCUGUCUUAUGUACUGAAUAACUCCCCGGGGGUAGUUGGGGCAUUUGUGCAUCUUUGACUAGGCUACACUCUAACGCGUCUCUGGAUCUUGUACCAGUUCUGUCCUCAUCAUUCAGGGAUGGAGUGCUAGCUUUACUUACUUGCCGAAGUGUACAUGCUAGUGUGGUGUAUACUGGUGGGUGUUUGUGGAUGACGUUGGUUUCGUUUUUUUUACAAUUUUCUCUGUAGACUAGGGGAAGAAGAGUGCUUGUGUUUUUAGGAAGUGUGAUGCUUUUCUUUGACUGCCAAACUCUUUUAUGGAAUAUAUCUUUAUA